AUGAACAAAGUUCAGAAUUCUUUCACUUUUUUGUUUCUGUUUUUAAUGGAAUGCCCACUUCAUUUAUGCUUGCCUUAUGCAGAUCAUAUGAUGGAGGACAAUAAACCCGAGCAGACAAUGAACAACCAUGGCUUUAUAGCACAUUCUGUAGACCUAAGAUCCGACAGCUGGGAUACAGCCCUAAUUCCACAUAGACCUGCUCUUGUUCGAGUCAUUGUAGCUGCGUGCAUAGCCAUCAGCAUCGCUCUGCUAGGUGGGAUCGCUGUCUUCUGUGUAAUACACCGACUGGUCCAGGCAGAGGAAAGACAACAACUUGUGUUGCUUUAUAAAAAUGUCAGGAUACCAUCAUUAGAAGAUGAAGAAGAGGGCUCCGAGGACGAGGGCCAGGAUGAGUCCACUUACUUGCUUCCGGAGAAUGAGAAGGAACUAGAAAAGUUCAUUCAUUCAGUUAUUAAAUCAAAAAGGAGGAAAAUUAUUGAAAAGAAGAGGUUGAGUGAAAAGCAAAAGUUAACAAAGGAAAGGAAAAUACAGAGUGCCACACACCAUGCAAAAACGGAACAUUUGUGA